AUGCUCACAUUAUUUUUUUACUCAACUAAAUUAGCAUCUACAAUGAAGCAUCUCCUGCUCUUCGCUCUCUUUCAAUCCAUUCUAUCGAUAAAAGCUGCUGCUGUAUACGAAGAAAUAAAACCGGUACCCCAAAAUUCGAACAUUUCACCAUUGAGAAGUCCGAUUUUCCCGCAUCAACCACCCCAAGAACCGCCCAGCAAUGAGGUAUCCCCUAAAACCGAUACCGAAAUAGAGCCUAGCUCUAAAACAACCUGCUAUUCAUCCGGCGAUUGCCAGCAGUUCUUCGCGGACUUGCUCAGCAUGAACGACAGGAAGAAAAGGGAAUUGGAGUAUCUGGAAACCGUGGCGACGGCGUUGUUGGAUAAUUUCCUGGAGAACGACGCCGUGGAGGAUAAUAAGGGGCACAUACAGGAGAUCGCUCGAGCUUCUUACAGCGAACCGUUGUUAGUGACAUUGGCGAGAUAUUUCGAUAAAUACGCCGAUAAAUCGAUCAAGAAACACACCAAAGCGCUGAUAUUCUUUCUAGUUCACGUUUUGGGUAAAGUAUUCGGCAUGUUUAAAUAUUUGCUGAGGGUUAUUUCACAAUACGGCAUUUUGUAA